CAGCCUCCACCAAACGAUAAGCUAACGACACGAUACGUCAACAACUAGCAGCAGAGGGUGAAAUUGGUGAAUUUCGCCUCUAUUUAAUAAAUAUUCACUCUUAUUUUAAACACAGUAAGAAGGUUAAUUUUCCUCAUAACUGCCUCAUUCAUUAAUUCAGACUCAAACCCGUUUUCAAUGGACUUAGCCAAGUAGCAUCACUCGACGACAGGUCAGUCAUGCGGCUUUUUACGAGAUUCUGCCGUGUGUUUCUAACUUGAAAAUUCUCACUGUAGGCUUUAUUUAGGCUCCGUAUUGCCCUGUGUUUGUUAUUAAAUAAUCUUAACAUAAAAAGGCAAUCGUCAGAGCUGGCAUGGCCUCUUCUAGCAGCAGUGUCGACAUGGAUCCAGAUGUGGCUCGGAGGCUCUUUGAAGAAGGAGCUACCUUGGUGCUGCUGGGGGUCCCAAGGGGUACAGAAUUGGGGAUCGACUGCAAGAGUUGGCAGGUGGGCCCCCGCUUCAAGGGUGUGAAGAUGAUCCCCCCAGGCCUGCACUUCCUCUUCUACUGCUCUGUCAACCAGCCGAGCUGUGGAGGAGAAAUUGGCCCAAAGACAGGACUUUUCCUCAACCUCAAACCCAGACAGAUCAUAUUGGCCAACUGGGAUCCCAAAGAAGAAGACCUGGACUUCAGCGCCUCCCAGAAUGAGGAAGAGGUGAGCCGGGUCAGGGCCAACUUGCAAGAUCUGGACCCUUACCUUGGCCCCUAUCCUUAUGAGGUGAUGAGAAAAUGGGUGUCUCUCACUGACCGUUUGAGUGAGGAGGUGGCCAAUAAUCUACAACCGCUUUCAGGCAGAAUAUGUGCGUUUAGUGAUGUAGUUCCCGAGCUCCAAAUGAGACACACCAAAGACAGGGCAGAGCAGCCAAGGAAUGACACAUGCUGUCAGAGCAUGAAAGAGGGACUCGACAGGCUCCCCAAGAUGAAACAGAGGGAGGGGACGGAGCUGCGAUUCUCUGUUAUCCCUAAGAGGACUUACCCGCCAGGGGCUACACCAGCUGAGAUCACACAGUGCAGCCUGGACCUGAGCUAUGCCCUGGAGACUGUGCUGGAGAAGAAUCAUGAGCUGCAGCCUCUUAACCUGCUAGGUGAGCUUCAGUUUGCCUUUGUUUGUUUCCUGAUUGGAAAUGUGUAUGAAGGCUUUGAACACUGGAAGCGUCUCCUUGCUCUGCUGUGUCGAUCAGAAGAUGCGAUGAGAAAGCGUAAGGACCUCUACCUAGGGCUCAUCGCUGUGCUUUACCACCAGCUUGGAGAAAUUCCCCCAGACUUUUUCGUUGAUAUCGUGUCUCAGGACAACUUCCUCACCUCCACGCUGCAGGACUUUUUCCAGUUUGCCAGUGGACCCGGUGUAGACGGAACUCUACGAAAGAGAGCGGAGAAGUUCAAAGCUCACCUGACCAAGAAGUUUCGCUGGGACUUUGACGCAGACUUAGACGACUGUGCCCCUGUGGUGGUGGACCUGCCUGAGGGUGUCACAGUGGACUGACACCCUGCUAUAGACCCAGUUUACAUGCAGGAAGAAAAUCUGACACUGAAGGAGAGCAGUGAAGCCACAUAUUAAACACAUAAUCUAGAAGUACUCUAAAGGCUUCAGGAAACUUGAACAACAGCAGUCAGGCUGAGGUUACAGAUUUCUCCAAAUGAAAACAACACUCUUAGUUUUGGUUACACCUGUAUUUCUCUAACAGUGUGUUAAAGUGGCCUUUAAAACAGGUUUUGUCUUAGAAGAUACUGUAAACUUCUAGUUCUGCAGUAUAGAUAUUAAUAAUUGCGCUCUCUGGUGGAGGUUUUUUAAAGUACAGCAAGCAAGUUGAGUCUUGCUUUUCUGGUGCAGAAUCCAAGCUGUAAAUAUAGACGGUAAAUUAGAAUAAAAUAUACAGUCAAAGGUAGAAGCACAUUAAAUGUCCAAAUCCACCACUCAUUUAUUUAAAUGUAACUGCAGAUGUGACAUUUUCAGACACAUAGGUGUUAACUGAUUAAUUACAGCUGCUUAGAUGAAAAAUAGUAAGGAUUUAACUGUGACAAAAUUUUCAAUAAGACUAUAGAUGAGAAUUUUUUCUCAUCUAUUGAAAACAAAAUACUUAGUAUUUUUGUGUAACCCUAAUGUUGUUUUUAGUUCUCAUAUGAAUAAAUACAUAAAACUGUA